AUGGUUUCUGUAGAUAUUGCUGCAAAAAAGAUGUAUGGUGUUCCUUUUUCGGGAUUUUUUGGUACAGAUGCAACUGGUUUUGAGUGGUGGUUUGUUUUUGUUGUGGUUUUCGCCGCUUCAAACAGGGAUUUUAACCAGUGGAUUUUUUUAUCGGAUAAAGUUGGUGGUAUUACUUCUAUACCUAAUCGUCAUGAAUUCAUGGACUGGCGCUUACAAUCAGGUUUAUUGGAAGUUCCUUUUUUAGGGCCCGAGUUUACUUGGACAAAUAAUCGUUUUGAUGUUGACUCAACUUUUGAGCGUCUAGAUAAGGCUUAUGCGAAUUCUUCUUGGGUUCAGGAGUACCCAGAUAUAGCUGUAAUUCACCAUCCUAAUCUGUUUUCAGAUCAUGCUGCUAUUAUUCUAUCUGUCUCAAUUGAGGAUAGUAGAGUUCAUCAACCUUAUAGGAUAGAAAAUUGGUGUUUAUCGACAAAAGAUAUACACUCUAUAGUUGACUCUGUAGUUUCAAUGGUCGUCGUUGGUUCUCCGAUGCUUUCUCUGUCUUGGAAGUUGCGAAAAGAGGCAAGAACAACCCCCAGUGAAUCAACGUACUCCUUCAAUAUUCAAGAAGAAGAGGAGAUGGCUGACAAUCGAACUCUAAGAGAACUUACAGCCCCUAACUUGAACCAACAGCCGUUGUGCAUUGCAUAUCAGCAAUUGGAGGAAGGUACUAAUGUUGAGAUCAAAUCCGGUCUAAUUCAUCUAUUGCUGGCAUUCCAUGGCAUGAAAGGCGAAGAUCCGAAUAAACAUCUGACAGAAUUUCAUGUGCUUUGCUUCACCUUUACUCAAGCUUUCUCCCUUGCUCUUCCAAGCUCCAAUCCGCUUCUCAAAUCACGAGCUAAGGUUGACAACUCGGAGCUUGUUACGCAGCUUCAUCCUUUUGGUCUUUGUAAUGUUCUUUACAAGUGCAUCACCAAAUGUAUUACUGCUCGGCUCCGUCUUGUCUUACCUUCUUUGGUUUUUGAUUGCCAGAAGGCUUUUGUUCCAGGACUUCUUCUUAUGUCAGACAAUGCUCAAAUCGCCUAUGAACUUCUCUCGUUCAUUAAUGCUUCAAUGGUUAGGAAACGGUUUUAUGCUGCUUUGAAAUUGAACAUGAACAAGGCCUAUGAUCGGGUUCGCUGGGAUUUUUUAGUUCAUGUUUUAAAAGUCUUUAGCUUUCCUCCACACUGGAUUCAUAUUAUACACCAGUGCGUCCCUACAUUCUCUUAUCAGGUGUUGGUCAAUGGGGAUGCGUCUCCCACCUUUCUCCCACAGUGUGGUCUUUGGCAGGGUAAUCCGCUUUCUUCAUACUUGUUUUUUCUUUGUAUGGAAGUUCUUUCUGCCAUGUUGCGCAGUGCGGAGGAGCAGUCGUUAAUCAAAGGCAUUUGUAUUUUGCGGGGAGCAGCUUCUAUUUCACAUUUGUUCUUUGCAGACGAUUCCCUGUUGUUCUUCCAAGUGUCUCCAUCUGCUUGCGAUAAUCUGAUGGGCCUUCUUUUGGAUUUUUGUGGUAUGUCUGGUCAAAUGGUCAAUCUGCGGAAGUCCUUUAUUAAAUUUAUUCAGAACACUCCUUUAGAUUAUCGGGUUUAUUUAGCUUGUAGUUUGAGGCUUCAAUGUAGGGACUCUUUGGAUUCUUAUUUGGGAUUACCAAAGCGUCUUUUUUAUUUUGCUUCUCUUCAACUUUCUUUUGCCGCUAAGUUGGCGAUUAUCAAUUCAGCUCUUGUGGCUUCAUUCAACCAUAUUUUGUCUGUGUUUCAGAUCCCUUCCUCGAUAUGUUAA